AUGGCCUUGCUUAUGUGGAAAGCAUUCGACUUCUUCGAAGUUAGCCAGGUCAAGCUUGGCGAUGACGAGACACGAUCCUUCUUCGAAAAUAACGAGAUAUCGAGCGUCUGUUCCGGCUCCGACAGCCUGUUCUUGGGUACCUUUGACGGAUAUGUCCGUAUCAUUGGGGCCAGUUGGAAGAUUGCCCGCAGCUUCCAGGCGCACGAUGCCGGCAGAAUCACCCACAUGCGCCAGGUCGAGGGCACCAGUCUGUUGGUGACCGUUGCCGAGGACCUGAGCAACGAGCCAGUCCUCAAGGUUUGGGCGCUCGAUAAGCCAGUCAAGAAGACGGGUUUGCCCACGUGUUUGAGCACGCUUAGCAUCAGCAACGGCCGCAAGCAAUUCCCCAUUUCCGCUUUCACGGCCGUGGACGAUCUGUCGCAACUUGCCGUCGGAUUCGCAAACGGUUCUGUCACACUCAUCCGCGGCGACCUGAUUCACGACCGAGGAACCAAGCAGCGGACCGUACACGAGUCGGAGGAACCUGUCACGGGCGUCGAGUUCGUGUCCGAGGCAAAAGUUACUACACUGUUUGUCGCAACAACCGCACGGUUGUUAAAGGUCGUUGUAAACGGUAGAGGACAAGGCCAACCUCCCAAAACCGUCGAGGAUUCGGGCUGUGCUGUAGGAUGCAUGACCCUCAACAAGAAGACCGGCGACAUCAUUGUGGUACGAGACGAUGCUGUGUACUACUACAACCUCGAUGGCCGAGGACUCUGCUUUGCAAAUGACGGAACAACAACUCUAGCUGCCACGUAUCAGAAUUACGUCGCUCUUGUCUCUCCGCCUGCAUCAUCAAAGAAUGGGGACUCGGACAACCUGCGCCGGCGCUUUGGCAGCGGGGGUGUCGAUUCGCUCUUCAGUGCAUCCAAUUUCACCUUGAUCGAUCCUACCUUGCAAAUCAUCGCACACUCCCAGUCUCUAAUCUCAAAACCGCAAGCUCUUUUUGAAAUCUGGGGGGACUUCUUCAUUCUGACCCAGGACGGAAAGAUUCACCGAUACCACGAGAGAUCUCUUCAGCAGAAAUUGGAUCUGCUUUACCAUCGAAAUCUCUAUCCUCUUGCCAUCAACUUGGCCAAGAAAGCUGGCAUGGACGAGCAACAACAAAACAUCAUAUAUCGAAAGUAUGGUGAUCACUUGUACCAAAAGGGAGACUACGAAAGCGCCAUGGCCCAGUAUAUUCAGGCCAUUGAAAGUACAGAGCCAUCCCAAGUCAUUCGCAAAUUUCUUGAUACCCAACGCAUACAUAAUCUCAUCCAGUAUUUAGAGGAGCUCCAUGAGCACCACAAAGCAACUGCUGACCACACGACACUGCUUCUCAACUGUUAUGCCAAGCUGAAAGAUGUGGAAAAACUUGAAAAGUUUAUUAAAUCAGAAGGCGACCUCAAAUUCGAUACCGACACAGCCAUCGCCAUGUGUAGGCAAGGUGGAUACUAUGAGCAAGCUGCGUAUCUCGCGACUAAGCACGGUGAGAAUGAGCUAGUAGUCGAUAUACUCAUUGAGGAUUCCAAGAGCUACACUGACGCCCUGCACUUCAUUUGGCAUUUGGAGCCCGAAGCUGCGUAUUCAGCGUUAUUGAAAUACGCACGGGUCUUACUAGAACAUUGCCCGUCGGAAACGACGCAAUUGUUUAUCGAUUACUAUACAGGAAAGUAUAAACCAAUGAUUCAAGUCCCGCAUGUAGAAGAAGCGCCCACACCGUUGGGAAGCGCUCUUGGAGGCCUGGCAGCAGGUACUGCGAGCGCAGUUCAUAACCUCACAAGUCUACUACCGCUACCUUACAUGAAUACUUCAUCGAUUGCCAGCCCAUCGACUGCAGGGACCAAGGAGCAAGGCACGGGGAAUGUCGACGAGACUCGGAAUGCCAUAGACCCUGAUCUGAUUGAGCCGCCAAAAUAUACACCACCAGCACCGAGGACAGCGUUCUCGUCCUUCAUUGAUCACCCCGACGAAUUCAUCAUCUUUCUCGAAGCAUAUAUGAAAGAAGAAUCGUUCAAGGACUCGAAUAAAUCAGAUAUAUACACUACGCUCUUUGAGAUGUACCUUCACAAAGCCAGCGAAAAGAAGGGAGAGGAUCGGGAGGAAUGGGAGCAGAAGGCGAAGAAGCUCAUUUCCGGGCGUGAUCUGCCCAUUGAAAACUCCAAUGUCCUGCUUCUCUCACAUUUGUCUGAUUUCAGAGAUGGCACAACCUUGGUAAAGGAGCAAUCUGGUCUGCUCUUCGACAUUUUCCGCUCUUACACGAGCGCCAAGGAUACGCGUGGUGCGAUCAAGGCACUUCGAAAAUACGGUCCCGACGAACCACAGCUGUACCCUGCCGCUCUGGCAUACUUUACAUCUGAUACGAAGAUUCUCGAUGAAGCUGGCCCGGAGGAGCUCGCAAAUGUGCUGCGGCGCAUCGAUGAAGACAGCUUGAUGGCUCCGCUGCAGGUCAUCCAGACAUUGGGCGCCAAUGCAGUCGCGACAAUGGGCAUGAUCAAGCCAUAUCUGCAAGAGACUAUAUCUAGAGAGCGCCGCGAAAUUGCCGCGAAUCGACGGCAGAUCAACUCGUUCCGAAAGGAGACGGAGCAGAAGCGCACGGAGAUUGCAGAGCUAGGCACAAAGCCUGCCGUUUUCCAAGCCCAGCGGUGUCCUGGCUGUGGAGGUCCGUUGGAAUUGCCUGUUGUUCAUUUCCUUUGCAAGCACAGUUUCCAUCAACGAUGCUUGAAGCGAGGCGGCGAUAGUGCAGAGACCGAGUGCCCGUUGUGUGCAAGCAACAACAUGACUGUCCGCGCUAUGAAGCAGAGUCAAGAAGAGAGAGCGGAUCGUCACGAUCUUUUCAAGGAUGACCUGAGCAAGGGCAAGGGCGAUGAGAGGUUCAAGACAGUAGCUAGGUGGUAUAGCCAGGGCGUUAUGAGCUCUGGAGUGACAGUGCCAGAGUAG